AUGCUGCUGCUCGCCCUGCGGCGGGUUCGGGGCAGGGGCUGGGGGCGACCGCCCGAGGGUCCCCGCUGCGCGCGCUCACCGCCCUGGAGCCCCGCCUGGAUUUGCUGCUGGGCGCUCGCCGCCUGCCAGGCAGCCUGGGCUGGGGACUCGCCCUCCUCGGGCCGCCCGCUUCCUGCGUGCCAGGAGAAAGAUUACCACUUUGAAUACACAGAAUGUGAUAGCACUGGUUCCAGGUGGAGGGUCGCCAUUCCGAAUUCUGCAGUGGAUUGCUCUGGCCUGCCUGACCCAGUGAGAGGCAAAGAAUGCACUUUCUCCUGUGCCUCUGGAGAGUAUCUAGAAAUGAAGAACCAGGUAUGCAGUAAGUGUGUCGAAGGCACCUACUCCUUGGGCAGUGGCAUCAAAUUUGAUGAAUGGGAUGAGCUACCGGCGGGAUUUUCCAACGUUGCCACAUUCAUGGACACUGUGGUGGGCCCUUCUGACAGCAGGCCAGGUGGCUGUAACAACUCUUCUUGGCUUCCUCGUGGGAACUAUAUAGAGUCUAACCGGGAUGACUGCACCGUGUCUCUGAUCUACGCCGUGCACCUGAAGAAGUCAGGCUAUGUCUUCUUUGAGUACCAGUAUGUGGACAACAACAUCUUCUUUGAGUUCUUUAUUCAGAAUGACCAGUGCCAGGAGAUGGAUGCCACCAUAGACAAGUGGGUGAAACUCACAGACAAUGGAGAAUGGGGCUCCCAUUCUGUGAUGCUGAAAUCAGGCACAAACAUUCUGUACUGGAGGACGACAGGCAUCCUUAUGGGCUCUAAGGCAGUCAAGCCCGUGCUAGUAAAAAAUAUCACCAUCGAAGGGGUGGCAUACACCUCAGAGUGCUUCCCGUGCAAGCCAGGCACUUUCAGCAACAAGCCAGGCUCAUUUAACUGCCAACUGUGCCCCAGAAACACCUAUUCUGAGAAGGGUGCUAAAGAAUGCACAAGGUGUAAGGAGGACUCUCAAUUUUCAGAAGAAGGAGCCAGUGAGUGUGUGGAUCGCCCACCCUGCACGACCAAGGACUAUUUCCAGAUCCAUACCCCAUGUGACGAAGAAGGCAAGACACAGAUAAUGUAUAAGUGGAUCGAGCCGAAAAUCUGCAGGGAGGAUCUCACGGAUGCUAUCAGACUGCCCCCUUCUGGAGAGAAGAAGGAUUGUCCUCCUUGCAACCCAGGAUUCUAUAACAAUGGAUCUUCUUCUUGCCAUCCCUGCCCUUCUGGGACAUUUUCAGAUGGAACAAAGGAGUGCAAGCCGUGUCCAGCAGGAACAGAGCCAGCGCUUGGGUUUGAGUACAAAUGGUGGAACGUCCUCCCUGCCAACAUGAAAACUUCCUGCUUCAAUGUUGGGAACUCCAAGUGUGAUGGAAUGAACGGUUGGGAGGUGGCUGGAGAUCACAUCCAGAGCGGAGCUGGGGGCUCUGACAAUGACUACCUCAUCUUAACCUUGCACAUCCCAGGAUUUAAACCACCAACAUCUAUGACAGGAGCCACAGGUUCUGAGCUAGGAAGAAUAACCUUUGUCUUUGAGACCCUCUGCUCAGCUGACUGUGUUCUGUACUUCAUGGUGGAUAUAAAUAGAAAAAGCACCAAUGUGGUGGAAUCAUGGGGAGGAACCAAAGAAAAGCAAGCGUAUACCCACAUCAUCUUCAAGAACGCAACAUUUACAUUCACAUGGGCAUUCCAGAGAACGAACCAAGGUCAAGACAACAGACGUUUCAUCAAUGAUGUGGUGAAGAUUUAUUCUAUCACAGCCACCAAUGCAGUCGAUGGGGUGGCCUCGUCAUGCCGUGCCUGUGCCCUGGGUUCCGAGCAGUCCGGCUCAUCGUGCGUGCCCUGCCCCCCAGGCCACUACAUCGAGAAGGAAACCAACCAGUGCAAGGAGUGCUCAGCUGACACCUACUUGUCCAUCCAUCAGGUCUACGGCAAGGAGGCUUGCAUUCCCUGUGGGCCUGGGAGUAAAAGCACUCAGGAUCACUCCACUUGCUACAGUGACUGCUUUUUCUACUAUGAGAAGGAAAAUCGGAGCUUGCACUAUGACUUUCGCAACCUCAGCGGUGUGGGUUCACUAAUGAAUGGCCCCAGCUUUACCUCCAAGGGAACGAAAUACUUCCAUUUCUUCAAUAUCAGUCUGUGUGGGCAUGAGGGGAGAAAGAUGGCUCUCUGUACCAACAACAUCUCAGACUUCGCAGCGAAGGAAGUGGUGAUGGGGUCAGACGAUGACACAAAUUUAGUUGGGGCAUUUGUAUGCCAGUCCACUAUCAUUCCUUCUGAGAGCAAGGGCUUCCGGGCAGCUCUGUCAUCCCAGUCUAUUAUUCUGGCAGACACGUUUCUAGGAGUCACCGUUGAAGCUGCCUUGCAAAAUGUUAAUAUCAAGGAAGACAUGUUCCCAGUGCCAUCGAGUCACAUUCCAGAUGUGCAUUUCUUUUAUAAGUCUUCCACAGCCACCACCUCUUGUAUCAAUGGCCGAUCGACCGCUGUGAAAAUGAGGUGUAAUCCCAUGAGACCCGGCGCAGGUGUGAUUUCAGUCCCCAGCAAGUGUCCAGCUGGCACCUGUGAUGGCUGUGCAUUCUACUUCCUAUGGGAGAGUGCAGAGGCUUGCCCUCUGUGCACAGAACAUGACUUCCAUGAAAUUGAGGGAGCCUGCAAAAGAGGGUUUCAGGAAACAUUGUAUGUAUGGAACGAACCUAAGUGGUGCAUUAAAGGGAUUGCUUUACCUGAGAAAAAGCUGUCAGCCUGUGAAACAGUAGACUUCUGGCUGAAAGUGGGAGCUGGCGCGGGGGCGUUCACAGCCGUUUUAUUGGUGGCUUUAACAUGCUACUUUUGGAAAAAGAAUCAAAAGCUGGAAUACAAAUAUUCUAAAUUAGUAAUGACGACUAACUCAAAAGAGUGUGAACUCCCAGCGGCAGACAGCUGCGCUAUCAUGGAAGGAGAAGAUAACGAAGAGGAUGUUGUGUAUUCCAACAAACAAUCGCUGCUAGGAAAACUUAAAUCUUUGGCCACGAAGGAAAAAGAUGACCACUUUGAAUCUGUUCAGCUGAAGUCCUCAAGAUGCCCCAAUAUAUGA